AUGAAUCAACCAAGACCAGCUGCCGCAAAUCAACCAAAACCUGGGCAAGGAAUAUCACCUUUGGCAAAUCUCGGAAAGGAACAAUUAGCCAUUACAGAUAUGAGGUAUGAGAUUUUGGAUAGAGAAAUCAAUAGAUUGGGAUUGUUGAUGGAGCAACUGGUUGAUGCUUCCCGAGUGAUGGACCCCAAUCCAAUUUCAACGAAAUAUGUUAACAAAACUCAAAACGAAAAGGAUGAAUUACAACUAUCUGUAACUGCAGCAUCCAUGGCUGAUGCAUGCCAAAAUCUUCUCCGACUCACAUCAGAUUUGCAAAAUAGUUAUUUAUUUUUUGAUUUUGAUCGGAUAGAAAAGACACAAGCAAAUUAUUUGAUUUAUUUGGAGAAGCAAAACAACAGCGAACAAUCUCAACCUUCUCAACAAAUGUAA